AUGAGCCCUCACUCAACCUGUGCGCCGCUCUACAAUGGGCCUCCUCUGGACGACCAGAACAGAACGUUCCUUGAAUGGAAGCCGCUGUUCGUCAGCCAAGCCGAUGGCCAUGAGUUUACUCAAUUCUACCUCAACAAGGCUUAUAUGCCUUCGGACCUUGAGCCGUCUAUCUUGAGUAUCCUCGAUGACGAUGUCCAAGUCGACAAGCUUAAGCAGCCCGAACUCUACUCAGUCGCGGACUUCACUGGUGAUGGCCUAACCGUGCGACAUAAGGCGAUCGCUACUCACAACCAAUCGGUGAAGAGUGCUACUCUGAAAACGGAACUUGCCAAGGCACUGUCUCUGACCCUGCGGUGCUUAAUGCCCAAUCCCACAAGUUCAACUACCACGAUGGUCACUGCACUGCCUGGACACUCUCUUGGCCGACGUCAAGUCCAUCGCGAGUCGAGUCAGUAUCGUGCUGCCAUAAUCCCUUCCUCGCUGGAUAUCGCUGCGUCCGAUUACGAUGCAUUUCAAUGGGCUAACCAUUACAUGGUGAAACUGUCGGAAGUAUUUUUAGACGACAAGCAAAUCUGGGACCUCAUUCGUGCUAUAUCGAGCAACGCCAAGGCCUCGGGUCAGCCAUGCUCCGUUGCAUCCAUCGACACGGCCAUCAAGGACGCAUUCUCGACGCGACACCUUCGUUCGCUUGCACUUGGCGAACAUGGAACUGUCGACUCGACGCAUACUCACUCGAACCUUAACGCUACUGUCGUCGAAGAUGCCUCUAGUCCGGUUGGCCUAGUCACGCCACGCUCGUUACCAUCGUAUGCCCAGCACAAGUAA